AUGGAUUCGAUCCAUGGCAUUGGAGCAAUUGAUUUUAUGAUCAAUUCACCACCAGAAAAUGGUACAUGUUCAAUUAGUCCUCAUAAUGGAACAACAACUACAUUAUUUACGAUCAUCUGUGAAAAUUGGAUCGAUGCCAACGGUGUCCGAGACUAUUCAUUUUACACAUGGACAACGAAUUCAUCGGCAUUUGCUAUUCUUGGAUAUACGAUUAUUCCUACUAUUCAAGUACUAUUGCCAGCCAAUGGAAACGAUAAAACAAUGAUUCAUGUCAUUGCACGUAUUCGAGAUAUGUAUGGAUGCAUGACUGAAAUCGGUCUACCUACCGUUUCUAUUGUCUUUGAUAUGGCAACAACGAACGAUUUGAUCAAUGAUGUCGUUACGAUCCCAAUAAAUUUAGUCAAUAAUACUCAACUCAACAGUAAUCCAAUAGUUAUAAUGCUUGCUGGUGGAAAUCAAAAUCGAGUUAGUCAAGUACUCAUUUCACAAGUACAAGCCCUGAAUGCCAUGAGCUUAAAGAUUUUUCAAACGGCCGUUGCAGGCAAUAUAUCUGCAGUGACAAUCUCCGUUACAUCAUUAAAUGAUGAGCAGCAAGUUCCAUCAUCCUCUGCAGUCAAUAUAUCUACUAUGGUCGAAUACAGUCAACAAUGGAAUCAUCUUGCAGAAGUUCGCGAUUAUCUAAUCAGUUUCGUCACGAAUCUCAUGAUAACAACUAUCGACAGUAUUAUUUUACAAAGUUCGAUGUUAGCUCAACUAACUGAGAUAACAUCUCAGUUGACACGAGAUACAGCUCUCUUGGCAUCCACGCGAUGUAAUGAACUGGCAAAUAAACUACACAAUAUAGCUUCAACAACAGACUAUGAUAAUAUCAAAUUAGUUGUUGAUUCAAUUCAUCGAUGUGCUAGCAAUACAUUCCAGGCAAUCAAUCUAGUAUUAAACGAACGUGGUAUCGUUCUUGAUAUUGAUCGAAAACGAGCUAAUAUAUUGCCAGUUGAUUAUGAUACUGAUCUUGAAUUAUCAUGGUCGAAUUUCAAACUGAUCAUUCCUCGUGAUCCGAAUCUGUCUGUUCCACCAAUGGCACUUCAGAAUAUUGCAUCGGCAUCAUCAUCCGGUAAUCUAACUAAUAAUCAACAAUUCAAUUUACAUUUCAUCAAUGCAACUUUGCCGACUUCAAAUAUAUCGAAAUCAGUUCAUUUUGAAAUGUUACCAGAUGAUCAAACUCGAGGCUAUAUGAUUAUCUAUCGAUUCGAUACGGUUCCACAACUGAAUUCGUCCAUAAAUCAAACUGAUGGUUGGUUCUUAUUCUGUCCAUCAAAUUUGAACAAUGAAGGUCUAUGGAUCACUUUCAUUGACAAUCAACAAAUGUCAAAUCAUCAAUCGGUUAUCUUCGGAGUGCGAGAAUUGAAUCAAACUGAAUUUGAUAUGUAUUGUUUUAAUGAAACAUUAAAUUUACCGCCCAUCACAGAUCAACCUUACAAUUUCACAGCUAAUUAUUCACUGCGUAUAUUCAUAUCGGGUUGCUACUAUCGCGACUCAAAUGAUCAAUGGCAAUCGGAUGGUUUAAAUGUUCAAUUCAAUCUAGUAGGUGCCGAGGACGAGACAGGUACUCGAACAUUGAUCGAUCCAAAUCGAGAAAUUUUACAACGUGGUUUUGUUGAUUCAUUCAUCAUCGCUGUGCCUUCAUCUCUUGGUGCUCUACAAUAUAUUCACAUCUGGCAUGAUAAUUCUAGUCAAGGCCGAUCUGCAUCAUGGUUUCUGAAAUAUGUCAUUGUAUGUAAUCUACAAACCAUGGAAAAGACCUAUUUUAUUUGUCAAAAUUGGUUAGCAAUUGAUAAAGAUGAUGGAAUGAUUGAACGUUACUUACCGACAGCUGGUGAACUACAAACACAUGAUAUAGCAUAUAUUUUUGCUAAGAAAGCCUAUUAUAAUAUGUCCGAUGAACAUUUGUGGUUUUCAAUCUUUAGUCGACCACCAGCCAGCCAUUUUACUCGAGUGCAACGAUGCACUUGUUGCUUUCUUCUACUCUUUACAGCUAUGCUGCUGGGAAUUCUCUAUUACGAUCAAGCUCAGCAAGCAAAAAAUACCAUAUCUGGUGGUUUUCAUCUUGGUCCAUUGUACAUCACACGAGAACAGGUAUCCACUGUCGCUGAUUAUUGGCAAUGGUUACAAAAUAGUUUUGUUUCCAAUAUUCGAGCACAACAAUGGUACAAUGGUGAUCCACCAAGGAAUUUGAAUGGUUUUAUUAACGAUAAAAACAAUCGAUUAAUUGGAUGGGUAGUAAUGCGUCAAUUGCGUGUUAGACCAGAAUAUGAUUGUCGAAUACCUGACAUGUUUCGUGGUACUGUCCGAUGGUGUUCAAGUGAUUAUAAGAUUUGGACAGCAGAUAGACGUUCGUUUCAACCGGGUUGGACAUUAAACGCGAGCAAUAUUUCCUACAGUCAAUCAAUUCAAAAUGCAUUUAAGUAUCGACCAAGUAAUGAAAUCGAUUCUUAUAGUCACAUGACUGAUCAUGCCUUUUACGAUGGUGGAGGAUAUAUCUAUGAAUUUCGUGGUCGUUUAAAUGAUAUAAAAAAGAAUCUUACUGUUCUUCAACAACUAUCAUGGAUUGAUCGAUUGACACGUGCUAUUUUUAUUCAAUUUAGUUUGUACAAUCCAAAUGCAGAGCUCUUUACAUCGGCAAUAAUAACUGUCGAAUUUCUAGUUACCAGUGGUUUAAUUUCAAGUUCUCGUUUUGAUCCAUUUCGGUUUCACAAUAAUCUAAAAGGUUUUUCAUCCGUAUUUCAUUUGAUUUGUGCUACAAUAUUUCUUGUUCUUAUUAUCUAUUUGACUCUUACGGAGAUUCAAUCGUUGAUAAGAAAAAAACAAGCCUAUUUUCGUGUAUUUUGGUUUUAUAUUGAAUGGAGUAUCAUUGGAUGUUCAUGGACAAGCGUUGGUCUAGUUAUAUGGCGUUAUCGAGAAAUGUCUCGUAUUGGUAUUCUCUUUCAUAAGACAAAUGGCAUGCAAUAUCUCAAUUUAGAAUUGGUGGCUUCAGUUGAUAAUUAUUUAACAUGUCUUCUCGGCUUAUGUUGUUAUCUUGCCAUGAUUAAACUUAUCGGUUUUUUUCGUUUUAAUCGACGUCUCUCAGUCUUUAAUCGUACUCUUCAAUAUGCUGCAAAAGAUCUUCUAUAUUUUUCAUUACAAUUCUCUAUUAUUGCAUUUGCUUUUAUUGCUUUAUUUUAUUUGCUCUUCACAGCUGCAGUUCAAUCAUGUUCAACUCUUCUACUUACUACUCAAAUGUUCAUUGAAGAACAUGAUGUACAAACGCAUUUGGAAUAUGAAGAGCAGGUUCAUCGAUUUCCUGAAAGAAUUGAUCAACUUCUUGCAGCUUUAGAACGAGUAGGUUCAUAUUAA